ACCAACCCUAUUCCUAGUUCCCAACAAAAAAGCAGCCAAGCCUAGCACAAAAGAUAACAAAAAAUAAAGCAAUGAAAUAAACACAAGAAAGAGAUAAGAGAGAAGAUGCCCCUCCAAGACCAAGAGCCGGUGUCCGCCGCACGCACGCACAGUGGCCACCACCACUGCUACUAGUACUCGCACUGGGUCUGGUGGGGGGUGGGGGUCCUUGCUUUUGCCGUCUUUUUCUUUCCCACGCCAUCACCUCACUUUCCCAAACGACACAUAGACACCCACCCCACUCUAAUCCUGUUACUCGUGCUGCUUGCUCAUGCUUUGGAUUUCUCCACUUUCCGUCUCUCCCUCCGAUUCCUUUCUCACUCUGCUAAGGGUUAGGGAUUGAGCUCUCCUUGGAAAAUGAUUUGCCCUGCUUUAUUCGCCCUAUUAUUUUGUCUUUACUCGUGAGACUGGAAAGUUGACAAAGCAGCGUUGUUUUGGAUCCGGAAAAAUAUGCCGCCGGAAGGGCCGACCUUGGCUGAUAAUGGAGUCGAGUAUUCGUUUGCAAUUGAGUACCAUGGCCCUCCCAUUACCCACGAUCUUCCCCGAGCCGUUCCCAUCAACAUGGAAACCAUUCCUGUGGCUUCUAUGGUUGCCCGGGUCCCCGAAAAAUUGUCCUUGCCGGUUGUCCAACCUAUUGUCGCGCCUGAUAGUCAGUUCUCGAAAGAGUUGAAAUCGGUUUCCGUUUCUGAGUCCACUGUUUCUCCUACUUCUGUGAUAGCCUUUGAGCUGGGAACUGGAGAUCCUGAUGACUCUAAAGAAUUAGCUUUAGGGUCUGAAACCACCGUCUCUCCGAGCUCUGUUGUUGCGUUUGAGGAGACAACUGCUUUGUCCGUUGGGUUCAGCAGCCACAGUAAUUUCGACUUCCCAAAGUGCUCUGGAGAGUUUUCUGACGUGGUUCCUUGCUUAACUGGGCUAGGCUCUUCCUCCAUUAGUCAGGAGCACUCGCACGAGGAAGGGAGCUCUGGUGCUUUAGGAUUUUCAGAUAGUUUCGAUAAAUCUAGGGAUUUAUCGGAACAAUAUACUGCACAGCGGGUUUCCAAUGGUUGCAAAGAUAGUUUAGAUUUCAAUGAUUUGAGCCAGCCUGAUUGGGCAUCAGGCGAGUCAGUCUUGAGCUUUGAUUAUCCAUCUUCUCAGGUUUCUUCUCGGAGGAUCGCCGAUUGCAAUAAUGAACCCACUUAUGACAUAAGACGGACUCCUGUUGUAACUUUCUGUGAUAUUGAGUCAGAUGAGGGAGGUUUUGAGCAGGAAUUUAAUCAUUCCAAACCUGAUGUUGUCCGAUCGAAAAGAGAACCUUUGGUUAAGUCAAAGAAAGGAGCAUGCUAUCGGUGCUUUAAAGGAAACAGGUUCACUGAAAAGGAGGUAUGUGUUGUUUGUGAUGCAAAGUAUUGUAGUAACUGUGUGCUCAGAGCUAUGGGGUCUAUGCCAGAAGGAAGAAAGUGUGUUACGUGCAUAGGCAGUCCCAUUGAUGAGUCAAAAAGAGGGAACUUGGGGAAAUGCUCGCGAAUGCUCAAGAGACUGCUUAAUGACUUGGAGAUUCGACAAAUAAUGAAGGCUGAGAAGUUGUGUGAAGUUAAUCAGCUGCCUCCAGAGUAUAUUUAUGUGAAUUGUAAGCCUUUGUGUCAGGAGGAGCUUUCUUUGUUGCAGGCUUGCCUAAACCCGCCAAAGAAGCUGAAACCAGGGCGCUAUUGGUAUGAUAAAGUAUCUGGUCUUUGGGGAAAGGAAGGACAGAAGCCUUCUGAAAUUAUUAGCCCGCAUCUGAAUGUUGGGGGUCCCAUCAGGGUGGAUGCUAGCAAUGGAACCACUCAAGUUUUUAUAAAUGGCCGGGAGAUCACAAAAGUAGAGCUACGGAUGUUACAGCUUGCCGGAGUCCAAUGCGCUGGCAACCCGCACUUCUGGGUGAAUGAGGAUGGUUCGUACCAGGAAGAGGGACAGAAGAAUACAAGAGGUUACAUCUGGGGAAAGGCAGGGACAAAGUUGGUUUGUGCUGUGUUAUCCCUUCCAGUUCCUUCUAAGUCUGCAAAUCCUUGUGGAGAACAAGUGAGUAAUGUGGUUAGCCGAUCAUUGCCUGACUAUCUUGAGCAAAGAAGCCUUCAGAAACUUCUUUUAAUUGGGUAUAAUGGAUCUGGUACAAGUACUAUAUUUAAGCAGGCUAAGAUCCUUUAUAAAGAUGUCCCCUUCUCAGAAGAUGAACGUGAAAAUAUCAAAUUAGUGAUCCAGAGUAAUGUGUAUCACUACCUUGGUGUACUUCUUGAGGGCCGUGAGCGCUUUGAAGAUGAAAGCUUGAAUAAGAUGAUCAGAAAUCAGUCUGCUGAUGAAGCUGGUCCCUCAGGAGGAAAUAUUGAUAUCAAUGAUGGCAGAGCCAUGUAUUCCAUUUGUCCAAGGUUGAAAGCAUUCUCUGAUUGGCUUCUCAAAAUUAUGGUAUCGGGCAAUUUGGAAGCCAUUUUCCCAGCUUCCACCAGGGAGUAUGCACCAUUAGUUGAGGAGCUGUGGAAUGAUGCUGCCAUUCAUGCAACAUACAAACGAAGAAGUGAACUAGAACAUCUUCCUAGUGUUGCCAGUUAUUUCUUAGAGCGGGCAGUUGAUAUGUUGAGACCAGAUUAUGUACCGUCAGAUGUAGACAUCCUAUAUGCUGAGGGUGUUACUUCAUCCAAUGGGCUCGCUUGUUUGGACUUUUCAUUUCCCCAGCCAGCUGCGGGCAUUGACACUGACAUUGAUACUGCUGACCAACAUGACUCUCUGCUCAGGUACCAAUUAAUCAGAGUACAAGCAAGAGGUUUUGGAGAAAAUUGCAAGUGGUUGGAUAUGUUUGAUGAUGUUCGAAUUGUCAUUUUUUGUGUCGCUUUGAGUGACUAUGACCAAUAUGUUAUUGAUGGAGAUGGCGCUCAGGUGAACAAGAUGUUGUUGAGCAAGAAGUUUUUUGAGAACAUGGUUACUCAUCCAACUUUUGAGCAGAUGGACUUCCUUCUUAUUCUUAACAAAUUUGAUCUGUUUGAGGAAAAGGUAGAACGAGUUCCUCUGAGUGCGUGUGACUGGUUUGAUGACUUUCAUCCAGUGGUGAGCCGUCACCGUUCCAGUAGCAACAGCAACAGUAUCAACAGUAGCCCCUCCCUUGGACAACUAGCUUUCCAUUAUGUUGCAGUUAAGUUCAAGAGGUUCUAUUCAUCCCUCACUGAUAGGAAGUUGUAUGUUGCUCCGGUAAAAGGUCUGGAGCUUAGCAGUGUUAACGACGCUCUUAAGUAUGCAAGGGAGAUUCUGAAGUGGGACGAUGAGAGACCCAACUUCAGUUUGAGUGAGUACUCAUUUUAUAGCACUGAAGCAAGCUCCUUCUCUCAUUGACAAGAACAAAGAAGGCUCGUGCAUGUAUAUUCCUGUAAACAAUUAUAUUGCCAGUGUGUACAUAGAAGGGGGUGUGAGCUAGCGAAGGAGAGGUCAAAACAUUGUACUGAGUUCCUUGCAUCAGCUAUCCGCUAGUGUUGUCAACAGCAAUUAGGUGUACAAUUCCACAGAUGAUGUUCCACUCUGCUGCCCCUUCAGGCUGUAGCAUAUUGUUGAGCAAUGCUAUAUUUUGAUGUAGUGCUCUUUGUAAUAAGUUUUUGUGUAGUCAUUGCCAUUUAAGAAUUCAAUUGGAUCACAUACAAAUGCAAUGUAAUAUGACCAGACUUGUUGAGCAGGUAGUA